AUGCAUAUCUCAUCGGAGCCCAUCGCUUCCAUUCAAGCCAUUUCCCGGAUCCAACCUGCCAAAGUUCUCAUCACCCACAAUGUCCGGUACGCAGAAGCUCAUUCGAAUCCUGCUGGCCCUAGCGAUAGUCGUCCGACCACUCGUCAGAUUAUCAAGGAUGAAGCAGUAGAGGGCAAGCUAUCUGGGAAGGUGAUUGUGGUUACAGGCACUUCAUCUGGAAUAGGAAUCGAGACAGCUCGCGCCCUGGCUUUGACUGGGGCAAUGUUGUUGUUGACGGCACGAGACCUGAACAAAGCCAAGUCUGCUCUGGACGGAAUCCUCGAGCCAGAGCGCGUCGAACUUGUUGAAAUGGACAACACUUCCUUGAGCAGCGUGCGUGCUGCCGCGAAAGCCAUUCUCCAGAAGUCGAACGGUCAAGUCAACAUCCUAGUCAACAACGCCGGCAUCAUGGCCCUGCCCAAGUGGAUUCUUCUCGCCAGCGCCAGCCCCGAAUUCUCGUCUCGAGUCGUCAAUGUCUCUUCUUUCGCCCAUCAUGUAGCCUCGAUCAAUGAAUUCGGCGACUACAAUUUUGAGAAGACUGAAUACAAUGACCGGGUUUCAUACGGACAAUCAAAGACCGCCAAUAUCUACAUGGCUAACGAGAUCGAGCGGCGCUACGCGUCGCGAGGACUCCACGCUACUAGCGUUCAUCCCGGCAUGAUUGCAACGGCUCUGAUGCAGUAUAUGGACCCCGCAAUGGUGGAGUCGUUUAAGAGCAAUGAAGAGAUGUAUAAAGUGAUGAAGUCACCAGAGCAGGGGGCUGCAACGACUGUGUGGGCAGCAAUCGGCCAAGAAUGGGAGAAGAAGGGCGGAGAAUAUCUUGCUGAGUGCGGAAAAACCACACGGGGCAAUGACAAUCAUGAGAUUGCCGGUGUGGGGUUCGCAGGCCACGUGUAUGACGCCGAGAAAGAGGGCCGGCUCUGGUAA